AUGAGGGAUAUUGAUUGUGUCCGGCGAACAAACAUCCGGUCAUUGGGAGCGGCAAUGAAAGUCCCAAAAACAACCAUUCACAGGCUAAUUAAAGAAGGUAAAAUUCGGCCUCAUUCCAACGCAUUGAAACCAUAUUUAUCGGAACAAGCUAAGAAGGCAAGACUCCAGUUUUGCCUUUCAAUGCUUGAGCCCAAUGAUGAUGAAAAUCAGGCAAGAAAAUUCAAGAGCAUGUACAACUAUGUUUGCAUUGAUGAAAAAUGGUUCUACAUAACAAAAGAAGUGGAAAGUUAUUAUCUACUCCCGGAAGGAGAAGAACCUCACCGCACUUGCAAAAAUAAAAGGUUCAUCCCGAAUGUCAUGUUCUUGGCUGCCAUAGCUCGACCUCGAUUUGAUGCUGACCAAAAUGAGGAAUUUUCUGGUUGGAUUGGUAUUUUUCCUUUUUCUAAAUGGCCACGUUCUAGUGCACAUGAAACCAUAUUUAUUCAACAAGACAAUGCAAAACUACAUAUCCAACCAUUCGAUCUUCAAUUUGUUGAAACGGCAACGAAAGAUGGAUUUGAUAUCCGUUUUUCGAAUCAACCUCCAAGUAGUCUGGACAUGAAUGUUUUGGAUCUUGGUUAUUUUAGAGCAAUUCAAUCAUUGCAACAUCAAGAGGUGCCUAAGACAGUUGAUGCGCUUGUCAAUGCGGCGGAAAAAUCUUUUGAAGAAUUGUUGGCGGAUAGUCUUAAUCGUGUGUUUGUAUCAUUACAAGCGUGUAUGGUUGAAGUGAUGAAAGUUCACGGGGUGAGCAAUUACAAGUUGCCUCACAAUGAAAAAAACCAAUUGAUUCGAAGUGCAAUGCUUCCUUCUCAACUUGAAUGUGAAAGCGGGAUCGUGGAGAGUGCAUUGGCUCAUUUACAGAGUUUAAAUCAAGGUUAA